AUGCUGAGGCAUUUCUUGUGGCUUGAUAUCGACAACGAUCUGCUUACGGCAAUGGCAGAGCGAUGGCGCCCCGAGUUGCAUACCUUCCACUUUCCCAAGGGGGAAAUGACGAUCACCCUCCGAGAUGUUGCCAUCCUCACCGGGCUGCCGGUCACUAGAGAGGCCAUCAUCGGCAACUCAAGUAAACCCGAAGGUGGUUGGGGGCCGUUGAUUCUCGAGCGUUUGGGGUUCAACAUGCCGACCACAAUGCCCGUUCAAGGGGUUGGGCAUCCACCGCUCAAUGCAGGGCAAGUUUCAAUCUCGUUGCUUGUUGAACACAUCCAACAGGAGGUUAAUUUAGGGCCAGACACCCCUGAUGAUCAGGUGGAGCGAUAUGCACGUGUCUACCUCAUUGGGUUGGUGACAUGGGAUCCAUAUCCACCUCAAGUCGCCGAGAUUCAUCGUCUUAGACACCCCCAGGAUGUACAUACGUGGUUGUGCAAGGUGCCCUUGAUCUGUUGGCACAUGGUGGAGUGGCACCUGCCGGAUCGAGCAUUGAGGCAGUAUCGGAUGGAGCAACCAAUUCCAGCAUCCCCACCUCAAGGGUUCAAAGAGCUCCAUGCCAUCGACCUACGUCACAAAUCAAAGAAUUGGAUCCUCGAGCAUGAGUUCUACAUCAACAUUUGAGAGAAUAGAGUGACUUGGGCUGUCCAAGGUUUACCUGAGACGAGGCCAAUGGGGUACCACGAUGGAUACAUGGUGUGGUAUCGGAAAUUCACACUUAGAUGGGUGUUAAAGCAAGGUGCUGUGUGAGGAGCGGUGGUAAGUGAUUCCAAUUCUUACUCUUCGUCAUAUUCCUAUGCUUUUGUCCCUAGAUUACAUGCUUAGAUUUGAGUCAUGGCAAUUAACUUGAUUAGAUUCA